UUAAAAAUAAUAAAAUGUAAUAAAAUAAAAUAUAUGAUUGUAACGGUUUUUAUUUUUUAUGAACGUAUGUUGUGUUUGAUGACAGAUUCUGUGGGUAACGGAUUAAAAAAAAAAGCGUGUGUGUCUGACAGAUACCGUUUGUGCGCGUGUGUAUACGCGUGUGUGUGUGUGUGUGUGAGUGUUAAUCCCACUCCUCUGUGGUCAGGUGAUCCGGCGCUGAGCAGCUGUGCAGCCUCGGUCUCGCUCACCAUCAGACAACGGGAGUCACCGGCGCUGCUCACACACUCAGCGUCUCAGCUCUGAAAACCUUACACCGUUAAAGAGAAACGCUGCCUUCAGGAGCGUCGUGUCAGAGAAACGACAUGGGGGACCGAGUAGCACUACUGCUGCUGGCUCUAGCGGCUUCGGCUCUGGCUGCUGAGGUGCCUACAGAUGUUUCUAUGGGUCUGUUGGCAGAGCCCCAGGUGGCCAUGUUCUGCGGUAAACUCAACAUGCACAUCAAUGUGCAGAGCGGGAAGUGGGAGCCGGACCCCUCGGGCACCAAGAGCUGCAUCGGCACCAAGGAGGGCAUCCUGCAGUACUGCCAGGAGGUGUACCCCGAGCUCCAGAUUACCAAUGUGGUGGAGGCCAACCAGCCAGUCAGCAUCCAGAACUGGUGCAAGAAGGGCCGCAAGCAGUGUCGCAGCCACAUGCACAUCGUGGUGCCCUACCGCUGCCUGGUCGGAGAAUUCGUGAGCGACGCCCUGCUCGUUCCAGACAAGUGCAAGUUCCUGCACCAGGAGCGCAUGGACCAGUGUGAGAGCCACCUGCACUGGCACACAGUCGCCAAAGAGUCCUGUGGAGACCGCACCAUGAACCUCCACGACUACGGCAUGCUGUUGCCCUGUGGUAUCGACCGUUUCAGAGGAGUGGAGUUUGUGUGCUGUCCCGCCGAGGCCGAGCGUGAUGCCGACAGUGCCGAGCAGGAUGCUGAUGAUUCCGACGUCUGGUGGGGUGGAGCGGAGACAGACUACUCUGACAACAGUAUGGUGCGGGAGCCCGAGCCAGCAGAGCAGCAAGAGGAAGCCAGGCCAUCUGUGGUAGAGGAGGAUAACCCGGAGGAAGAGGAGGAGGAAGAGGAGGAGGUUGUGCCGGUGGAGGAAGAGGACGAGGAAGAAGAGGAGGAAGAAGACGUGCUCGACAACGACCGUGACGGAGACGGCGAGGAGGACGAGGAGGCGGUGGGGGAGGAGGACGAGGAGGAAGACGAGGAGGAGGGAGAUGUCGUGGACUUGCUGGAUGACGACGCUGACGAGCCAACCACUAAUGUCGCGAUGACGACUACAACCACCACAACCACCACCGAGUCCGUGGAGGAGGUUGUCCGGGAUGUGUGCUGGGCCAACGCAGAGACAGGGCCAUGCCGGGCCAUGCUGCCCCGCUGGUACUUUGACCGCCAGGAGGGCCGCUGUGCUCAGUUUAUCUACGGCGGCUGCGGGGGCAACAGGAAUAACUUUGACUCAGAGGAGUACUGCCUGUCAGUGUGCAGCAGCGUCAUUCCCACAGCCACGCCCAGCUCCCCUGACGCCGUGGACCACUACCUGGAGACGCCUGCUGACGAAAACGAGCACGCACACUUCCAGAAGGCGAAGGAGAGCCUGGAGGCGAAGCACCGCGAGGGGAUGUCCCAGGUGAUGAGAGAGUGGGAGGAGGCCGAGAGGGAAGCGAAGAAUCUCCCACGUGCUGACAAGAAGGCUGUGAUCCAGCGUUUCCAGGAGAAGGUGGAGGCUCUGGAGCAGGAGGCAGCCAGCGAGCGGCAACAGCUGGUGGAGACGCACAUGGCCCGGGUGGAGGCUCUCCUCAACGACCGCCGCCGCCUGGCUCUGGAGAGCUACCUGACCGCACUGCAGCAGGACCCGCCCAGGCCUCGCCACGUCUUCAGCCUGCUGAAGAAGUACGUGCGUGCCGAGCAGAAGGACAGGCAGCACACCCUCAAACACUUUGAACACGUCCGCAUGGUGGAUCCGAAGAAGGCUGCACAGAUCAGACCUCAGGUGCUGACCCACCUGCGUGUCAUCGAGGAGCGUAUGAACCAGUCUCUGGGGCUUCUCUACAAGGUGCCUGGUGUGGCCGACGACAUCCAGGACCAAGUCGAGCUCCUGCAGAGGGAGCAGGCGGAGAUGGCCCAGCAGCUGGCCAACCUGCAGACGGACGUGAGGAUGAGCUACGGGAACGACGCCCUGAUGCCCGACCAGGAGCUGGGAGACGGACAGACCGAGCUGCUACCCCAGGAGGACACGCUGGGCUUCGGAGGAGUCGGAUUCAUCCACCCCGAGAGCUUCAACCAGCCCAACACCGAGAACCAGGUCGAGCCGGUGGACUCUCGCCCCAGUCUGGACAGAGGUAUCCCCACACGGCCAGUGACUGGAAAGAAGAUGGAAUCUGUUCCCGAGCUGCGGAUGGAGACAGAGGACAGGCAGAGCACCGAGUAUGAAGUUCACCACCAGAAACUGGUCUUCUUCGCCGAGGACGUCGGCUCCAACAAGGGCGCCAUCAUUGGGCUGAUGGUCGGCGGUGUGGUCAUUGCGACCGUGAUCGUUAUCACUCUGGUGAUGCUGAGGAAGAAGCAGUACACCUCCAUCCACCACGGAGUCAUCGAGGUGGACGCCGCCGUCACCCCCGAGGAGCGCCACCUGUCCAAGAUGCAGCAGAACGGUUACGAGAACCCCACCUACAAGUUCUUCGAGCAGAUGCAGAACUGAGGAGAAUGUUACAUGUUACACACACACACAUCCUUAAUACACAUACACACACUCAAUCUCCUCCUAUUCCAUCAAACACCUUCACCCUCUCCCUCCUCCCUGAAACAACUCUCCAAACAGCAGCGUGUGGUUUUGAUGCGGGCAGAGGUUUUUCUUGCCUGGGCGGACUCUGAGCCGGUUUGUAAGUUUGUUCACUUUGAUUAGAGAGUCGGCUUCACGUGGUCGCUCCGUGUACGAGGACAGAGGCCCCGCCCAGUGCUUUAAAGAAAGCCUCUGUGCAGCUGGUUCAGGGUCAGUUUAGUGGCUUUAUUUGAGUUGGGAUGGUUUUCAGUGUGUAGGUGAUCUGGCCUCUGAUCAGCAUGACGUUUGAGACGCUGACUUUAUUUAUAAAAAUCUGCAUUUUUAACCGUAACUCACGUGGAGGAAACUUUCCACUCUUAUUCUUUGUAAGUCUUAAAAAAGAGAUGAUUUCUACAAAUAGAGCCGGUUCGUCCUCACAGUCUGCACCACUGCUGCACUCACUCUACAGUCUACACUGGAGUUAAACUAAGCCUCCUCCUCCUCCUCCCUCUCCUCCAUCCCUCCCUCCAUCCUCUUUUCUUUGCGCAUUCUUAUGACAGCUGGGCUGUGCUACGUCACACAAAGCUCUUACAGAUAUCCGGAGAGGUGGAUUUUGUUGCUGACGACACGACGUGUUCUGAACGAGCUGUUUUUUUUUUUAUUUGAGUUUCCUCUUUCGUUUUCCAGUUUUGUUUUUCAAAAAAUGAAUGAAAAGCGGGUAAAAGAAAAAACGAGAAAAAAAAACGUCAAACUGAUGUAAAGUCCUUUUUUUAAAUUGCGUGUAAUGUUAACUGAAGUAAUGCCGAAGUCUUAGCUGUUCCUAUGUAGUGCAUGACAACAAAGACGACAGGAUUUGGAAAAAAACCCUAAAAAAAACGAUCUUAAGCUGCUCUCUCUCUCUCUCUCUCUCUCUGUCUCUCUCUCUCUCUCUCUCUCUCUCUCUCUCUCUCUCUCUCUCUCUCUCUCUCUCUCUCUCUCUCCCUCUCUCUCUCACGUUAUAGAUUGUCAUUCUAGCAAGAUUGUACAUUUAGUAUCUUCUCGUGAUCACGUGACUUCAAACAAUGAUGAAAAUAUAUAUGACUCUAGAUGAACGGGCUCUGCUUUGAUAUGAUGUAAAAUACACAUUUAAAAAGAGAUCUGUGAUUUUUUGAAUUAAGUGUGUUCACGUUUCCUCUGUUCCAUUUUUAAAAACCAUGUUCCCGAAGCGACACAGGGGGGGGGCGGCUUCAUCCCUUGUUUGUAAAUUGUUCUGAUUCACUGAAAUAUAUUGUGUUCAACCCUCCCUCCCUCUCUCCCUCCUCUCUUUUAAUUUCUCUCUCUGUUCGAUUCAUGUCGCUGUGUUUUCUGAAAAGGGCAUGACGUGGGCGUGAAGGUUACACUGAGUGGAGAAGUACGAAGGGGGGGGGGGGAGGGAUGGGUUAGGAUUAUCUCUGCGUACGUGCGUGUGUGUGUUUGUCAUUUUCAGUCUGGUGUUUCGUCCAGUUGUAAGCCAACGAUGUCUCCUUUUUUGUUUUUUUGUAAUCAUUUUGCUGUCUGCUGUCUGAUAGAGCAGGUGGAGUAGGGAGAGGAGGAGGAGGAGGAGGAGGAGGUGGAGGAGGAGGUGGGGAGGAAAUGACUUGCAGUUCCGGAUGGAUAGCCAGCCAGGCAGGCAGUCUGUAUAUAUAAUGGAUUUUCACCCCCCUUCCUCCCUCCCCUCCUUCGCCUUCCUUUUCCUUUCCUUUAGGCACCCUCACCUCUCUGCCGUUGACGCACACUUGACUCCUCAGAGGCGGAGCACUGUAGUCUGUACAUAGAUAUGACGUGUUCACCAUCCACGGAGCCGAGAGCGAGUCUGGGGCGUGAGAAGCAGGGAUCAGACAUAAGCGUGACCUCUCACUCUGUUUCUGAAUUUCAUGGCAGUAGGAUAUGAGAUGGAGUGGCAGGUGAAGUGUACAUACAGAGGCUGCAGCGGGUGGGUCCUUGGUUUUCAGAGGGUGCUCGUUAGAAGCCCGACAGAGGGCAGUAGAGUAGAAGAGGAAGCAGGAUUUUCUUUCUAUUUUUUUUUGUUUCUGUGGAUUAUAUACAUAUAUGGUUUUUGUUUUCCACUGUGUAAUAUUGUGCAGGCCAUUUGCAUUGACUGGGAAAACGCUUUCUACACUGUAUUCCAUAAUAAAGUUUUGAAUGUACAUACAGA